AUGCAUGAUCUUGCCUUUCUGAUUGAGAUAUUGAAUAGAAUUAAUAAAUUCUGUAUUUGCAAAUCUUCUUCCGUUCCCAAGAGUAUCCAAGAUCGAGAUUUCUUGAUUUCCUGCUUCUUGGAAAAUUUUAUUAAGAUGCUCAUCUAUUCCUAUUGCAAGAAUUGUGAUUUCAGAUUUUGCAAGAUAUUUUCUGGAGAUUCUUCUCGUUAUAUCGAAUGCAUUUAA